GCCCCCUUGGAAAGGCUUUUUCUUUUCCCUUCCUCCCUUCUCAGGACAGGCCAGAUCUUCCCGAGCUGCCCUGCACCAGCUAAUCCUGGAGAUUCAAUCCAGCUAAGUAAUUGGGGAGCCUUCUCAGCUCUGAAUGACAAUGAGCAGCAGGGAAGGAUCUGUCAGCUGACUAAUCAGGGAUAGUGGCUUUUGUGCAGAGCCUCCAAGGCAGCAGCGGUAAUGGAAGCAGCCCCUGCAGCAGCUUUGUUUCAUAGAGAUUUGGGGCUGCCACUUUUCAAUUCUACCCAAGACGCAGCUCACAUUUCAUCAAUGUGGCAUUGACAAUUGGCAAAGGAGCCAGUGCUUGCGUGUAGGCGAGAUGGCAGAAGCAAAUCCCCCGAGAAGCAAGAUGAGGUUCAGAAGGAAUGCGAUUUCCUUCCCUGGAAAUUUGCACUUGAUUCUGGUUCUGCGUCCUACCAAUUUUCUUCAACGGACUUUCACGGAUAUUGGAUUUCGAUUUAGCCAUGAAGAUUUCAUGCUGAAAUUACCAGUUGUUAUGCUGAGUUCAGUUAGUGACUUGCUGACAUUCAUUGAUGACAAACAAUUAACCCCUGAGUUUGGAGGCACCUUACACUACUGCCACAGAGAAUGGAUUGUCUACAGAAAUGCUAUUGAAAAUUUUGCCCUCACGGUGAAAGAAACAGCUCAGAUGUUACAGUCGUUUGGAACUGAACUCGCAGAGAAAGAUCUACCCAAUGACAUUCCUGGUAUAGAACAUAUUAUCGCAGUUCGUGCUCAAAAGUAUCGCCUGUUAAAGGACAAUAUUACAGCAGUCAUCAAAGAAGGAAAUUUUCUCCUGAGAAGUCUGGAAGGGCCUCCAACCGGAGCAGCUGCAGCUGCUUGCUCAAGUCUAGAGCUUCAUCAGCCAAGAAAUGGAGACGGGCAAACUGUUAAAAAAUUGUUGACUCAAGUACAUGAUAUGGAAGUUGCUUUUGAUGGAUUUUGGGAUAAACACCAGAUAAAAAUGAAGCAGUAUCUGCAACUAUGGAAAUUCGAGCAAGAUUUUCAAGAGCUUGUGACUGAAGUUCAAUUUCUGUUAAGUCAAUAUAUAGAGAUGGCAGAAGAAACAGAAACUUUCUCUCAAGUUAAGCAAAAAAUGCAAAAGUUGGAUAACUUAGAUGAAGUUUCUCAGAAUGUACUAUCAAAGGCCCAUUUUGUGAUCUUACAUGGACACAGACUUGCAGCCAAUCACCAUUAUGCACUUGAUUUGAUCUGCCAGAGAUGCAACGAACUACGUUACCUCUCUGAUAUUUUGGCUAAAGAGAUCAAAGCUAAACGGAUCCAGCUCAGCAGGACCUUCAAAAUGCACUCACUUAUACAGCAGGCGCGGCAGUGCUGUGACGAAGGAGAAUGCCUCUUAGCUAAACAGGACAUGGACAAGCUUCAGUCUAAAGAAGAUGCUGAGAAAACUGUCCAGAGCAUCAAGAAUUUUCUGGAAACGGCCCUGCCUUUUCUCAGUUAUAAUAUUGAAAACUUUUCCUGUGAAUUUGAUGUAAUUUUAUCCCCUGAACUCAAGCUUCAGAUGCAGUCUCUACAAGUCAAGCUUGAGAAUAUUCGAAGUAUUUUUGAGGAUCAACAGGCAGGUGUCAAAAAUUUGGCAGAAAAACAACUGACCAUUCAAUCUAUGGUCCCAGAUCCCAGCAGUUCUUUGAUUAAAUCAAGAAUACCAUUUUUCACAUCAAACCAUGGGAAGAAGACUUGGAGUCAAAGUCAGAGCAACAUAAAAAUUGAAGUGGUACAUGAUUUUCAGGAUAAGAGACAUUCUGAUCCACCUCCCAGUGUGAACAGUGACAAUAAUCUGAAAAUUUUAAAGCAACAUGUCCUUCAUGAGCUGAUACAGACAGAGAAGGUGUAUGUCCAUGAGCUGUUUUCUGUUUUAUUGGGCUAUAGAUCGGAGAUGGAUAAUCCAGAAAUGUUUGGUCUUAUGCCACCUGCCUUGAGAAACAAAAAGGAUGUUCUCUUUGGAAAUAUGGCAGAAAUAUAUGAAUUCCACAACAACAUUUUCAUGAGCAGUCUGGAAAGCUGCGCGAAUGCUCCAGAAAGAGUGGGACCCUGUUUCCUGGAAAGGAAAGACGAUUUUAAGAUGUAUGCAAAAUAUUGUCAGAAUAAACCCAAAUCAGAAGCAGUUUGGAAGAAGUUUUCAGAAUGUGCCUUUUUUCAGGAAUGCCAAAAGAAAUUAAAACACAGACUUCGUCUGGAUUCCUAUUUGCUCAAACCAGUGCAGAGAAUCACUAAGUAUCAGUUACUACUGAAGGAGCUAUUAAAAUAUAGCAAAGACUGUCUUGGAACCAAUGAGUUAAAGGAGGCACUUGACACAAUGCUGGAUCUGCUGAAGUCAGUCAAUGACUCUAUGCAUCAGAUUGCAAUAAAUGGCUACAAGGGAAACAUAAAUGACCUUGGCAAGAUGAUCGCACAAAAUGCAUUCAGCGUUUGGGCUGGACACCGGAAGGGGGCCACCAAAAUGAAGGAGUUUGCUAGAUUCAAGCCUAUGCAGCGACACCUUUUCUUGUAUGAAAAAGCCAUUGUGUUUUGUAAAAAGCGUGUUGACGGUGGAGACGGUGCCUGUCGAUUACCUUCCUACAGUUUUAAGAACAGUUUGAAUCUGGAUGAAAUUGGAAUCACUGAAUAUGUAAAAGGCGACACCCGCAAAUUUGAAAUAUGGUGUGGUGGGAAGGAAGAAAUUUACAUCGUCCAGGCUCCGAAUAUAGAUGUGAAGCUGACAUGGUUAAAAGAAUUGAGAAGUGUUUUGUUGAAGCACCAGGAAGUCUUGACAGUCAAAAACCCACUGUCUUGUCUACUGACAGAACAGGAGCAGCUGUUUUUUCAGGAAAAAGACGAAAAUCAACUUGGAGCGAUGGGAGGCUCCGAGGAAAUCAAAUCAGUGCACAGCAGCACUCUGGCAGAGGUCGGUGAGGCCAUUGCCUCACUUAAAGCACAAGCAAGUAAAGUCUUGACUGCAAUUUCACUACGUCCACAAAUUCCGGAAGGGGCUGAGGAAUCGCCCAGCCACUGUGUCUACCCAUCUGAUGAUGGCAACAAUGAAGACAAGUCCCCACUGAUGCCGCUCUGAGAAACAAGAAAAGCAAUUUCAGUGGAAUAAAAGGAGAAUAAAUAGAC